UAUGAACUGACCAAUCAGACGCGCCGUCUAGAAAUCAACAAGGAAGUCGUUUUAAGGCGCCAAUUUUGUCUUGUCGCUGAAAUCGAAAUAGUUCGUCUGUGUUUUCUGUUUACAACUGGCACUUAAAUUGCGACAAUGACCGAAAACACGUUCCCUGUCUAUACUGCAGAUGCGAUAGUAAAUUUUUACCGAACAGAAGUUCUGACUGGUCAAGAGGCAAAGCACUUCACGAAGAGCGAGCUGACUCCUGUUCCCAAGCCAGAGGCAGUUCAAACGUUGUACAUGAGAGUGUUGCAUCUCCUGUAUCGCUUCAGACCUGAGUGUCACUCCAUGGUUCCACUUCUGGAGAACAUUCAGAACCCAGUAUAUCAUGAGGGGGCAACUGCUAUCACGAGCGUCUACAUGCGCAUGCAGCAGUUUCUGCCAAUGUGCUUGGUGUACGAUUUUUCACUGAAUGACCUUCUAGCUCCAAAAAAACAGAAGACUCUGACUAUUCUAAGUGCCAUUAUGAACUUUCUCCACUUCAGGAAGCAGAGGAUGAACAUUAUCUUGGAGAAGCAGGCCAAAUAUAGGGCAGACAUGGACAGGCUGCAGGUUUACGUUAAAGGCUGUUCAGAAGCAAUGAGGAAGAUUAAGAUGCUGACGACUAUCCCGCCAGAGCAGCAGGCUGAGGCUGACGAGCUGGCUGCUGCUCUCUCUGAGCUGCAGGCCGCCACCACGCAUGAAUCCCACGAAGUGAAUGCGAUCAAGGAAAGCAUCGCAGAGUGGAAAACCAGAAUUGCAGAGAAGACUCAGAAACUGGCCCAGGUGAAGGUGGACGUCAGCAGCCUAAAAGAAGACAUCGGCAAACUCAAGUCUCAGAUUGUGGAGUCUCCAGAAGAGCUGAAGAGUCAGAUGGAGAAGAUGAGGGAGAAUGUCAAGAACAUCAAGAACUCCAUGGAAGAAACCGAUGAGCGUGUGGUGGAGCUGCAGAACUUGGUGCAGAGUGUGACUCAGACUGAGGCUGAGAUCCAGCAGAUGUACAACCUGCUGCAGGACCUGGAGAGCAGCAUGAACAACACCAAGCAGCAGCAGGAGGAGCACCAGGAGCUGACGGCUCUGUAUGAGAAGAAGCAGAAGGAGCUGAAGAACCUGAUCGUGGAGGAGGGCCAGCUGAAGCGAGCCGUGGCCAUGAAGCUGGACAAGGAGUCCAAACAGAACAUGCGCAGGCAGAAGAUGAGAGAGAUGAAGGAGCAGCAUGUUCAAGAAGUGAUGGGGGACUAUAACCAAAUCCAUCAGAAGCGCGAGGAGAUGGCGGACAGAAUCCAGGAGAUCUCCAGAGAGACGCAGCAGCUGAAGGCCAAGAUCCAGAGCCUGAGAGACGUCUGCAGCAAAGAGACGGAGAAAGCUCAGGCUGUGUACGACAACCUGUCAACCUCAAUGGACGAGCUGCACCGGAGAAUUGACAUGGACACCGUGGACCUGAUACAAGCUGUCACCAAGAUGUCUCCAUCCUUUUAAAUGGAUCAUUUUACAUUUUAUAAUCGUUACAUUACUGUGUGGUAUUACUCUGUUAUGUGUUUCUACUCUUCUAACCUUUUUGUUGCCUUUUUGUGACCUAUUUAAAAUGUAUUAAAAAGUUGUAUAUCAGUGAAUAAAUCCGAUCAGUCC